AUGUCAAAAAAAUAUGACGACCCGCGUUUUGUUCUGUCUGCUUUAAACGCAAUGGGAUGCAUUUAUGUCAAUGCGAAGGAUUUACAAGACUUCAUGAAAGUUGAUAUUUUGUUCAAGUUUAAUUUCUUUGAUUUAAAAAAGAAGGAAAUAGCUCACAAAGCAUGGAAACAAAGAGUAAUAAGAAAAUUUAUUGCUUACAACCGAAAGGACAUGGAGAAUCGUAUGAAUGAAUUACGAAGUAAGCAAACUGUUCAUCCAACGUUAGGUGAUGCUGUCGAUAGUGAUAGUGGUGACGAAUCUUCUCAGCAUCCAAGACAAUUUUUGCAUGUGGCUGAAGUAUAUCAUCGAGACCAGAGUUUUGAUGUUGAGAAAUCGCCUGCUGGAAAACGGAUUCAAAAAUCGCCAUUCCGCACUGAAGAGAAAAGUUUAAUGAAAACUCCUGAAGUGACCCGAAAAAACAAAUCAAUCCAACCCAACCUCACAGACCCAAGCUCCUCUUCAAGAAGCUCUGGAGAAAAAUCAAGUGACCAAACCGAAAAAAUAUUGGAAACUGACUCGAAAAACCAACAGACUAUUCGGUACGAUUUUGGUAUUGCUCCGGAAGAUUCUGAUUCUUACCGACAACUUCCUGGAGAAACAAAAAAAGGAAAUAAAUCUCAUGCUAGAAAGGAUAAAAGUUCAAUUGGGAGAAGUUUCAAUGAACAUUUAUUUGAUAGCAACUUUGAAAUUUCGGAUUCUUAUAAAACAUUGCCCAGACCACGAGAAAAAACGGAAGCUAGAGACAAAUCUCAGAGGGAAAAAUCUAAAGGUUCGCUGAGGCAGAUGUAUAAUACAGAUUUUUCAAGUAGUUUUGAACAAUCUGAUUCUUACAAAACAUUGCCUAAACCACAAGAAAAAACAGAAGCUAAAUACCAAUCUCAGAGGGAAAAAUCUAAAGCUCCGCUGAAGAAAACGCUUAAUGAAGACUUUCCUAGUAGUCUUGAAGUCUCUGAUUCUUUUAAAACAUUGCCCAAACCACGAGAAAAAACAGAAGCUAAAGACCGAUCUCAGAGGGAAAAAUCUAAAGCUCCGUUGAAGAAAACGCAUAAUGAAGACUUUCCUAGUAGUCUUGAAGUCGCUGAUUCUUACAAACAACUACCUGGAGCUAAAGAAAAAAUUGAUUCGCAAUUUAAGUCUCGAGGGGCCGGAAGAGGUACAAUCACGCCGGGAAUGAUGCUCGAUCAAGAUUUCCCCAGUAACUUAGAAGCUUCAGAUUCGUAUAAAGAAAUUGCAAGGAAACCAAGGAAUCAGGAAGAAGAAAAAAGCAGGGAAAAAUCUCAGCGGGCUGAGACAUAUAGCGUUGUUGAUCAAAAUACUUCUCCAAGACCUGAUAAAAGUAUUACCACGGAUAAAAAAAUGCCUGCAACACUUCGGGGUAAAGACAAAAGUGUUAAACCAAAGCCUCAGUCUGAUGCCCAGGAAAAUUUCAUCGAAAACGGUUUGAAUUAUCCUGAUUUCCAACGGGAUGUACUUCAAAUAACGGGCAGAAGUAGUCCUGUUGAUAAAAACUUAUCUGUGAAUCGACCGAGGGAUGUGCGGGAAGAUAAAAAUAUUAGAGAACAAUCGCAGAUAAUUAGCGCGGGAACGCGGACUGAUGUCGAUGAAAAUUUCAUGGAAAGCAUGUUGGAUUAUUCGGGUUUUAAACGAGAUGCAAUGCAUGGAAGAAGUAGCUCUAUUGAAAAAGUUCCUUUAGACCAAAAGUCUUCAGAGCAAUUUUCUUCAAAAGAUUUUCGAGAACGAAGUCACUUAGAUUUUGAUUCCAGCAGAUCCACUGAACCCAAAUCAGACUCUGAGUCGAUUUUUCAAGCCACCGCAAGAAAUAGGAAGGAAGAAAUUGUUAGAACUGGAAAAACACCCGCUCGAUCUGGAAGAUUUAAGCCAGAUGAUAUUGUAGAACGCAUAUUUAUUCAGAAUAAUGAAGUAUCACGUUUGAUCGGGGGAGUGUUGUGCUGUGUUAUUUACGGACUUUUCGCAGUAGAGUGCAAUGUAAUUGUAAGAAACCAAGACAUUUGCGGCGUCCACAACGGCCGAAGGCUGUACCUCGAGCUCGGGGAACAAGGAAUCCUCUACGCUAAAAAUGUCUCGUCCGUAAAAAACUCUCCGCGACAGCAGCAGCACCCACAAGGAUCGCGGUUGUACGCGACAAACAGUUCUCACGAGCAUUGCAGCUUGGAGCUCGUGACCUGUCCGUCCUGCGCCAUCACCGUGACGUUCAAGAGCCUGGCCUUGCCUCAUUCCUGCGGUGACAGUGGCAUGAUGAUGGACAGUCCGUGCAGGUGUGACUAUGUCUGGAUCUCAGAACCUCCUUACGAAGAUAUCUCGGGAACUCCGUACUGCGGAUUGUACGCGCCAAUUAUCUACAGAUCCAACACUAGAACCGUUUCGAUUACUCUCCUGUACAGCCAAUCACAUAACCAUGCUUUCACGAUCGAAUAUGUCUCAGAGCGAAAUAGAGUUCAUUUAAAGGGAUGGGACCCUGCAGUCACGAAAGGAUUUAACGGGACUGUCGGUGGAAUUCUUACCUCUCCAUUCUUUCCCGCCAGAUACCCAAGAGACUUAGGGAUAGAAUAUGUCAUCACUUGUCCGACUGAAGCACCUUCUUGCAGAGUUCGGGUUCUUUUUAGCGACUUUCAAUUGGCAACUGUAUCGAUCAUUGAGUUUUAUGACUGGAAUGGACAAAGAUUAGACGUGAGCAGCGGUGCGAGAUUCAGACCGCCGAUUAUCGUCAGCUCGGGCCCGUCAUUGCUGAUACGGUUCUACGCGAAUGGAGGAACUGGACUAGGUUACAAGGCUUUCUAUUCUUAUGUAAUUGGGCACAGAUACGACAAAGCGAUCCAGCCGAUCACCGAUUGUGGUGGAUAUGUCGAGAACUUGGGAGGUACUAUUACGAUGAUUGAUAUGGUUACCGAUGGAGUCAAGACUUAUGAUUGUGUUUGGCUGAUCCGGCCUCCUAAAAAUUUUCUUCACAUGAAAACACACGUCUACCUCAAAAUAGUCACGUUUGCUGACAUGGCGGGAAAUACCGAGCUAAUAAUCAGACAAGGUCCUACAUCUGCAUUAUUGCCGCUUGAAGUACUGAGACACCCAGCGAGUCAGCUUCAGCCACCAAGAAUGAGAGAACACAUUACUCCAAUCGUCAAUGGGUUUCAUGUCAGCUUGAGGGGAACUUUUGGAGUCAAUUCAAAAGUUGCUAUUGCUUAUGCAGCUUUUGGUUACAUGGAUUGCUACGCGGGUUCUGAUUUUCUAUGUCAAAAUCAUAGAUGUAUUCAGAGUCAAUUAAAUUGCGAUGGAUUCGAUCAUUGUGGAGAUAAUAGUGAUGAGCCUUCAACUUGUCUCAGAGAUUGGGGGAUGGAACCGCGGGACGGAAAAUGGCAUAUGAACAAAGCAAACUACUAUUUCCCGAAAAUAGACAGGUAUCCCGACCUAAAAACGGCAACUCUGGUCUUCAUAGCCAGCAGCUUAGGCCUAAUUAUUCUAAUUUCGGCGCUGAUUGUCCUGUUGUACCGAAUGGGUGCUCGGUCGCGGCAGCAAAGAGAGCUUCAGUCACGCCUUCAGACCAUCAGCGAGUUAUUAGAUCGGACAGUCUUCGAUAUUGCAGAUGGCGCCCGAAUCGACGAGGUUCCUGUUCACGACGAGCCGCCGGUCUACGAGGCACCGCCGGGGUACGACGAAGUUAUUAAGGUCGGCUUUGAGAAUGAAGAAAUUAAGAGGAAAAAAAAACGCAACCUCCUCUGGGGAACAAGAAAUAGAAGUUCACUUUCUCAUUGCUCGCAAGAAUUACCUACAUCAUCGAGUUUAAUUGUAGACCUCGCGGGAGUCAGCAGAAAUCGUGAAACAAUGUCAACCACCACGACAGCAUCAACUAUUACGACAGUUAAUCCUGUUGAAAGAAUCCCUGAAAGUCCACCUCCACCUUAUAUCACACCUCCUGGAAGUGUUCUAGAUAAUUAUGGAAUAUGUCUAUCACGACAUAGCGUCACUCAUACUUCAGUGCCAGUGAACCUGCGAGGUAAUCAUAUGCGUCGAGUGUGGAACCGAGCUAAUGAACUGCGUCAUUCGCUGCCGGAACCAGAUGAAGUCGCGGCAUUCCAGCCCAGCGAGUCCAUAGACUACGAGGCACUUGGUGCGAGCUUGCCAGAUGUUGGUCUAAUCACGAGCCAAAGAUCCAGCGGCGACUUCGUCGGGCUCAGGGACGUGGACGUGGACGGGGACGCGGAAGACGAAGAAACAACUAACCAAAAUCGUCCCACUACCUCUUACGACCGAAGUCAACCACCCGGAUGUACUUGUGAAGGAGCUUGCGGAUGUGCCAACAAUCAUCAACUGGUUCAAUCUGAAGAAAUAAAGGCUAAGGAAGAAUCUGAACUAAAAACCAAAAGAAUGAUUUUGAAGCUUUUCAAGUCCUCGAGCUCCCAGUCUACGAGUAAUCCCGACGCUGAGGAAUCCGAGCCGUCUGCUGAAAACUCUAGAGACCAUAGGAGACCUUCAGUUUGCUCUGGAGACACUUAUAUGUCUCUUGGUACCAUGUUUAGUACCUGUAGCAGCCCUUACGAGUUAGAAGAACACGAUUUCACCUCGGAAACUAAUAGCAUUUUGGAAAACGCGAGUAUUUUCUCAAAGACUCCUACGCGCACGCCCGUUAGGACCACGAAGAUCACCAUCAACAAUACCGGGGACUUCAGGUUUAGGAAUCGCAAGCACGCGCGCAAAUACGCGAGCUGCGAUACUGAUAGUUUGUUUGAAAGUAUCAAGGCGCUGGAUAGUUUUCUCGAGAAGCGCAGUGUUUCCAUCGCCCAAACGAGAAAUACGUCUAACGUUACAACACUUUUUGGAACCCCAAGACAUCACAGACGACGAACUCUCAGGCAUCAUAGUAGCCAGCAUAGAAUUUUUAAUUGCGUUCGCGGGUGGAAGUCCAGCGAAGAUACUUCAAGUUGA